AUGUCCGCCAAAAAGAUCGAGCAAUGGGAGAUCGAGCGCUACUGGGAAAUCUUCGCCUCGCUAGCAAACGGCCAGCAGUACCUGAACAGCUCCCAAGCCGCCUCCGUGCUGCGCAAUAGUCGACUCCGCGAUGAUCAACUCGAGAAGGUCUGGGACAUUGCGGAUGUUGAUGGCGAUGGUGAGCUUGAUUUCGAAGAGUUCUGCGUCGCCAUGCGCCUAGUAUUCGAUCUCGUCAAUGGCGAACUACAAGACGUCCCAUCCGUCUUGCCAGACUGGCUGGUUCCAGAGUCAAAGUCACAUCUCGUUCACGCGACGCGCGCGUUGACCGGUGGUUCGGAGAAAUUCGAGCGGAUAGAAGAUGAGGACGAUACCCUCGGGCUGAAGGACGGCUUUGAUUGGUAUAUGAAGCCCGCCGAUAAGUCCAAGUACGAAGAAAUCUACAGCUCUAGCCGUGACCACCGUGGCCAAAUUACCUUCCAAUCCCUACAACCCCUCUACGAAUCCCUCGACGUCCCCGACACCGACAUCCGCUCCGCAUGGAACCUGGUCAACCCCUCCGCCGGCCAGGCCAUCAACAAAGAUGCUACCCUAGCAUUCCUGCAUAUUCUCAAUUACCGCCAUGAAGGCUUCCGCAUUCCGCGCACCAUCCCCGCAUCGCUGCGUUCCUCAUUCGAGAGUAACCAGAUCGACUACCAAAUUGAUAACGCUCCCGCACAGCGCUACGGUGCGGACGGAAACCAAGAGACACGAACGGGCCGCAAGGCCAAGUUCGGCGACACAUAUCUUAGCCGCCUCGGGGUUGGCGGCAAAGGCUCGUACCAGCCCAAGGGAACCGAUUUCGGCGAGACAAUCCAGGAUGAAGAAUGGGAAAAGGUCCGUCUGCGUCGGGAGCUGGCGGAGAUUGAGACGAAGCUUCAUUCUGCAAGAGACGCUUCGGAGAACCGGCGUGAUGGUCCUCGCAACGAUGGUCGUCCUAAUUGGGUUCUCAUUAAGAAGGAGACGCUGCAGUUGUUGGAAUAUAAGGAGCGGGAGCUUCGUGAAUUGCGAGAGGGUGUGGGCCGCUCGAAGGAUGGACAGGACCUGGAGCGUGCGAGGGAGGACGUUAAGACCGUUGGCGAUCAAGUUGAGGGCUUGAAGAAUCAUCUAGCCCAGCGCAAGGGUGUUCUUGCGGACUUGCGCUCGGAGAUCGAAGACGAGCGAGCUCGACGGUGA